UUGGUCCUAAUAUUACCUGCACAGUUUGUUAUUUUUUGCAAAUAUCUAACCAAAUUAAUUAUUGAAACAUAAAUAAACCAGGAUUGAAUGAAAUGCAGUGUCUAUUAAAAUGCCAUUGGAAGUUAGAUUCGUGAGAUAGCAAACAUCCAAACCAUUUAGCUUGGAAACCCCAUAUAACUGACCUAUCAGUAGGUGCGUCUGCAGGUAUUGUCCACAAACCUGUGCACGGCUGUGACCAGCAUCUCUGAUGGAAAAGGAAAGCCUACCUUUUUGAGACAAGCCAUUCGAGGUCGAUACCUCUGUCCGUGAUCACGAAGAGUGUUUCUGAUGGUCAUGUUGACUGCUGCUGCCGCUUCUCACUCACUCACCGACAUUCAAACACUGUUACUGACGCCGCUGAGCCCCUGUGUCGUGUGGAGAUGCUUGAUGGGAAGUGCAAUAAUCAAUACCGAUGCUGCGUUCAUGUGCUAGAAUAAACUCAAACUCGACGGUUGGAAACUGUGAACACACCUGUGAAUUCUCAUCUAUACGCAUCGAAUUAAAUACUAUUUCUACGGUUUCUGAUUAAAUUCCACAAUUAAAUAAAUAUAUGUUAAAUUAUUGUAUUGGCAAGCCUGUGUAAAAUCGUGCCGAUCAAUUUGUAAGUGUCUGAUAUACAAUUGCAAAGACAAAGACAAAAAAACAAACAAACAAACAUACACGAACAAAAAACAACCUCAAAUUAAAUGACUGUUUUACAACCACCAAAUAUCACAUACCACAUAUAUAUCGGGAAACCUCAACCACACUAUCUAGAAUUUGGAUUUUAUGCCUCUGUUAUGGCGCGUUCAAGUUGUACCAUUCAUAUUUCCGAUAGCAAGGAAGGCAUCAUGGAAAGGGGGACGAACCAAUCAGCAUGCAGCUUCUUUGUACGAGACAAACCGUGUUACGCAAUGUACGCACAGAAGCAGCAGAUGGCGACAAAGUAUCGCUAUUAAAGUACAAAUUUAUGGGUUUUUUCGAUAUAAACUUUGGUGUUUUAAGUAUUUAAUCAGUUCAUGGUCGUUUGUCGUCUUUAGUUUAGUUACACAUCUUCAAAUAAGCGAGUAUUUCAGUUAUCGUUGUGAAAAUGAGCCGUUAGGACCGUUACUACUGAUUCCUCUAUUGACUUUUUCUUGUGUGACUAUAUUAUAAGUGUGUCGAGACUAACAUAUCUUAGUGUAAAAAUGUUACCGUGAGUUUUGGUGAGUCAACGGCUCAGUUAAACAGUCUCGAUAAUUCACUAAAGCUUGAUGGUAAACAGUCAUCGGCUCUACUUCCUGAGUUUAGGGAAGGGGCUUGGUCGCGUGCCUGCGCCUCACGAACGCGCAUCAAAUUAGCAUCGAUGAAGUUUGUGCGAACAUGGCGGAUUUCCUGCCGACCAGGUCCGUGUUAAAAGUUUGUCUACCCGUCUGCCUGCUUAACAGCGGCGAGGUCGAACAACUGCGAAAGUCCAAGGAGAUCGACAGAUGUCUCUCCCGGGAGAAAACGUACGUGAAACGGCUGGUGAAGAUCCUGCUGCUCGGGGCUGGCGAGAGCGGCAAGUCGACUUUCCUCAAACAAAUGCGGAUCAUCCACGGCCAGGACUUCGACCAGCAAGCCCGGGAGGAAUUUAGAGCCACUAUUUACAGCAAUAUUAUCAAAGGUAACUUCUCUUUAAACUUCGGGUGCUGUAGGGGGUAGUGUGUGGGGUGUAAAUGCGAGUAAACGGCGUUUAAAUGGAUGGGAAAGUUUCCACAUCUGUGUUGCAGCUCUGGGCUGAGAGGACAUAAACAGACUACAUCUGCUGUCGGCACACCCAUAUCAACCCUGUUUCUGCUUACAACUCACUUUUAAGACUCUACAGGGCUCUACAGCUACAUUUAAUUCAACAUUUUAAAAGUUUAUCAUUCUCAUUGGAUAUAAGCCAGCGUUUUCAAAUAGCUAAGGGCUGGUUUUGUUGCUCAAUAACUAAGCCUGCUAAUGGAGGGUGAACCCACCAGUGCAGUCUGCUGUAAGGUGUUCCUGUUUGACCACUCUUUGUAUGUGCUGGGAGGAGAACACCAAAUAACAGGCAUUUUUGUUUUCUUUUUACAAUACAGAACUACAUCUUUGUGAGCAAAACUACUCAAAGGACCCUAACUUGUCACAUUUUAGGGGUGAAAAUGGACCAUAAUCUCAGUUUGAAACCUCAAAUAAACUAUUUUAAGUCGAAGCUGGCUAGAAGUAUUGGCAUUUUAGGUAGGAUAAGACACAUAUUAAACCAUAAAACUUUAUACUUACUAUACAAUACACUUAUACUGCAUAGAAGUGCACAACGAAUUUACAACCCCUAUAUCUUAUGCAAAAGAGAACAAUACAGAUCUUUAACAAGGUAGGAUUCUUCCAUCAUACUUAUGAACUGUUUCUGACAUUAAGAGUAUUAAAAUUUGCCAAUCCAGUUGAAUUUAGAGCUGCACAGACAAUGUGCAAAGCUAGUAAUAAUCUACUCCCGAGUAAUAUACAGAAAAUGUUUGGUGGAAGAGAGGGGAACGCAAUUUAAAACAACCAGGUGAUCGUACAGCACUAAAAAGCAUGUGUCUUUCUGUUGUGAGCAAAACUAUAGCACAGUUUAAAAGUAAAUAAAAGCGAAGUAUGAUUGAAAGAUACUUACAAAAGGGAUUUUCGUUUUGCUACACUUGUUAUAUUGUAUAUGGGUAUGGUACAAAUGAGAGAUUUGAAGUAUUCUAGGUAUAUAAAGUGCAUAAUUGUGUGUGUAUACGUGUAUAUAGGUCUUUGUUUCAGUAUUAAUGCUUAGUUACAUGUUCAUGUUAGAUGUUGGAGCUUUGGUUACUUUUUGGUGGCAUCAGAAAUUCUAAGAUUCUAGAGACAUGUAAAGGGUGAACGAAUAGAAAGGAAUGAGGGUAGGUAUACAUGAGCUAAAUAGCUUCUACCUACUCCUGUUCGAUCUCCAAAAUAUUGGGGAAUUCUUGUCUAAAAUUGUACUGUAUGUAUAUUUGAUGGAAGAAACAAUCACAGUCUCAAAAAAAUCUAAAAAAAAGCGUAAAUAUCGGUCAACCAGUAUUGGUAUUUUGGACCGAUAAUUGUAAAUCAUUCAGACCAAUUAAUACAUGUUCCUCUGUGGGAGUUUCUUAUAACACAGUACAACAUUCGUGUGAGCAUAACUGCCAUGAGAACCCCAACUGUCAAAAUAAAAGUGAGAAAUGGUCAACAGUCUUGAGAAACAAAACUGACUGAAGUUUCUCAGAUUUCCACUUGAGGCUGGCACCAAAAGCGCAGAAAGCCACUUACACACCCAAUCAAAUCCGCCAAAUUUUACAGCUUAAAAAAAUCAUGCUCGUUUUAGAUAAUCAAGUAGCUUCAAAUAUAUUUAAAUGUCAGGAAUUUUGGAUACAAACAGGAAUAGCUGACUUUACUGACAAAGGGGCACACUGUAGCUGUUAGCAAUGAAGCUCAAGGCCUGCUCUAGUCCAACCGAAUGUUAAGUUGAGUUAGAAUCUUAGAGUCUUUGCUAUUAACUAGUCGUACAAGUGCUCAGAUGUCCCACUUUGUUAAAAGUAGGACAUAAGCUGAGACAGAAUGGCGAAUGAGAACAGAUCUAGAGAGUGAUGAUCAACAGAUUGCUGAAUAUUGGCCCCCAAUAUCCGGCCUGGCUGAUAAUAAGACAACUCUUGGAGUAAAAUGUCACAUAGAUGGUAUCAACAGCAUUCAGUCAAAUUCAUUUCAGACAUAAGAGUAGAAAUAUGAAAUGAGACUUAUAGCAGGCUGAUGAAUAAAUAGACUAAACUGAAACCUUGUGAUGUGAUCAGUUCUGAAGAUAAAUAAAAAGUCCUUUUUAAAUUAUCAAAAACAUUUAAAAGAUAUUAAUUUUAGUGUGUCGAAACUUUGGUAUUGGUUCAUGAUCAAAAUAGAUAUUAGUCACAUUUUAAAAUCACUUCUUUCCUCUGAUAAUCUCAGAUUGAAUAGAAAAAGUCUAGGAGAAAGUAAACAACAGAAAAUAGUCGCAGUCUUUUUGUAGCCAUCCACCCAAACUUAUACAGCGUAUGUGGACUUAAAUCCAUGUGUUUUAUAAACCCAAUUUUUGUGUAAUAUCGAGUUACUUCCAGUUUCUUGACUUGUUUGUUUAUUAUGUAGGUAAAAUGCUGAUUCUCCAGUGAUAAGGAGAUAAUCUCAGUGGUUUCCUUGAUGUUUUCACCUGUUUUUUUGUUAUCUUGAAUCAAAGCUGCUCUUCCUGUUUCUGGGGAUUUAUUUGUCUAAUCUUGAGGCGGCAAAGCUCAUUAUCUUGCAAUAAGAAGCUGAUUUAAUUGUGAUCUAUGAAAUAAAACUAAGGGAUGGUCUGAGCACAACAAGUUUAUUUCCUACAUUGGUUUUGUGCUUUUGUAACUCUGGGAAAAGGAGUAAAGAUUAUUUGGAGUAAGAAGCAGAAAUAAACUCUUAUGGGAAUAAAAAAUGUAAGGAUGCAAGUCUGCUUAGGGCCUCCAUAAUUUUAGGUUAUGCUGAGUUUUGGCCUGUUGUUGGCGUUUUAUUCCUAUUUCAAAGUCAGAAAUAUUCACAGUGUAAAAGUUUAAAUAUUUAAAUCUUAAUUCUCCUUUAUAGUCAAAACAAAAACACUCAACACCAGAAGAAACCAGCUGAAAAGAAAUGUUUGUUCCUUUAUUUUCGGCUGAAAAAGCGUUCUCGUGCCUCUCUCUCUAGUCUCUCUUCCACUUUGGGUUUCAUCUUCACAUUUCACUCUGAUUUCUCUCACUUCCUCUUCAGGUAUACGAGUGCUGGUCGACGCCCGGGAGAAGCUGCACAUCCCCUGGGGUGACCCGGACAACCAGCCGCACGGGGACAGCCUGAUGGCGUUCGACACACGAUCGGCUAAGAUGGUGAGCGGGCAGCUGGAGACGCCCGUCUUCUUGCGGUACCUGCCGGCCAUCAAAGCUCUGUGGGCGGACUCGGGGAUACAGAACGCGUAUGAUCGCCGCAGGGAGUUCCAGCUGGUAGGUGGACGAACGUAAAAAAGACCACAAAAAAAACCCUGACUCAAAGUUUUACUGAACUGUGGUGUAGUUCUGGAAAAGUUCACUGUCGACAGAAACUUCUCUUUAUGUGGUUUUUGUUCACAAAUCUCUACCCACCGUUCGGGGGAUUUCUGGUCGUACUUUUUGUUAUUUUGAGAAUUGAGGUGAGGGAAACUUUAUUGAAAAAAGAAAGUGAAACUUCUAAAUUCAUCCCUCCUUUCCUCUCUCCCUGUAUCUCUUGCUCUGGCUCUCUCUCCCUCUCUCUCUCUCUCUCUGUCGAGUGGUCAGACAUGUGAUUGAGUCAGCUUCCUGUUUAUACCUCUCCCGCUCCUUAUGUCUUGGCUGUCAGCGUGCGUGUUUUAACACACUGACGUUUACCCCAGAUCGACAGCUGGGCUGUUCGCACGUCUCUUUCUGGGACUUUUCUUGCGCUCUUAUUUUGAUGGGCACUAAUUUCGCAACCUGCUGAGAUUUUUACAGCCUUUUUUCGAGUUUGAUUUUAUGCGAGCUGUCAGAUCAUGUGACAAACUUUAUACAUUGUCCAGCAGUCGAGGGGCCCCCUCUGAGCAGACAGUCAAGGACACACUUCUGCAAGUUUCUCAAAGUUUUCUCGAGACUUGCAUAAGGCCAGAGGGUUCUCAAUGGCGUUUUGUUAGCCCCUCUCACACACUCGCUGGUGUGAGCAGGUUAUGCAGACAGAAAAGGGGAAUAAAGGGUGAUCAGAGCUGGAAUGUUGAUCUGUAGUUAAACAGCUUUAUGCUUACAAACAGAGCCCUGGCUCUCCCGUUUGGUGCACAAACACUCACACCUCAAGUUACACAAGCGCAGGGACACAUGGAUACUUUCAGAGAGGGCUGCAGCUUACUUUUAUUCUCAUGUAGAAGGAACGUUCUGUCAAAUCAACGACAGCACCCCAAAAGCACAAUAAGGCAGCAGAGUAUUUCUCGAAGGAUAAUUUAUAAACGUGCAGUACUGGUUGGAAAAAUACAGAUUAUUCAGAGUGGUAGAUCUCAAAAUCAGAACGAUAUGAUAUGAUUUUUGCUAGUGUCACUCAAAGUCGCCUGUCGUAUGAUAUUGAAUCGACUAAAUUCUCUGGUCUGAGAUCAGUGUGAGUUGGUAACAGAUUCCCGUAAGUCAGUGAGAUUUUUUUAUCGGCCUAGAAAUCAUGACAUAUGAAUUGUUGAGACACUGAUUAGUGUGUGGUCGCACCCUCUGAAGUUGUCAGCAGAGGCUUGACUGAUAUCAUCUGGUUGUGCAGAAACACUGUGUAACAAAUUGGCUCAUUGGCUGAUUCAAAUCGAGAUUACUAUGACGGUGUAAAUGAGCCGCUUUUUCAGUUUCAUGUUACUUAAAGCUCCUGGGAGGGGUUUUUGAAUAUCUGUGAAAUGGACUGAAAUUCAUACUGAUGCCUAUUUUUAUAAACGAGACCAUCAGCCACAUGAUUGUUGACUUUUAAGGUCCUUUCACACCGGGACCGUUUUUUUCCGUGAGAUUAUUUCAGACGUCGAUAUUUUUUUUUCGAACUUGUAUCCUGUCAAUACAAGCAUUCACAUCAGCGACAUUUUUUCGUUUUUAUAUAUACAUAUUUUUUAUGACGGUCGAUUUUUCUUAAGUUUCGCAUACUGUGUGUCCACUUCUGACCAAUCAGAUUGCGUGUUGUUGCGACGUCAGAUUCACCGGUAUAUCCAACAUGGCCGACCGGCUGAUUGUUUACGAUCGUUAACACAAAUAUUAUAAAGAUAACGACCUGAAGGACAACUUGUGGAGAGUCAUAGCGUCGGAUUUCUGAUUUGACGAUGGUUUGUGUGCUUUAACAGUUUGCGAAACGUCUUUGUUUUUACUUUCAUCUGUGCUAAGUAACUAUAGCUCGUAAGCUAACCUGUUCAGAUACAAAUUACCAUAUCAGGCGUGUCAAAAUUCACCUCCAAAUAUUUCGUAAUUCCGUGUCGGAUAUUUGCGUCAGUCCCGUCGGUGUGUAAGGACCUUUAUAUCGUAAUGUUUAAUGUUGACAGCUGAGCGGCCCUGUUUUUAUGAUCUCCACGUGAAAUAUUCAUGAUAAAUGAAGCAUUUGAGUGUCAUGAGUCGGCAGAAUGAGGUACUUUUGAUAAAAGAUGUGAAGAAGACAAAAUUAGCAAUGAAUACUUUAUCCAUAGGGGGCGCCAGAAUGGACACAAACUGAAAGUUCCUCACAGUAGCUUUAAUGUAGAUACGAUCAUGUUAAAGAGGUAAAAAGUGAAUAGGAGACACAAUCUUGCAUGAUAGUGUAUUAAAGGAGAUUACUCCAGACCAAAUCAUCUUAAAGUUUAUAUUUUUUCAUUAAAUGUUAUCAAUUAAGUAGUAGGGCCGACAGAUGUAUCGGCAAAUCGAUUAAAUCGGCCAACUUUGACACCCGUUUGACUCCUGGAGAGAGGCAGGAAACGUAGAGAGUAGAGAGCAGAGGAAGAAAAGCAGCAAAGGGUCGUGGCUGGGAGUCGAACCAGCGAUCAUUACAAUGAAGCCUCUUCGUAUCGGCCAGCAGCACCCCAUUAUUCCCAUUUCAGAUGCUGUUUCCUCUGCGCUUCUUCUCACAACUUGGACUAAGAAAUAACUGAACAACAAGAGUCAUAAAUAAAUCCAAAACAGUCGCGCGUGUCACAGAGGGAGGAAAUAUUCCAAACAUCUCACAUCUCCAGUUCCUCAAAUGUUCUGAUUCGUCUCAUUUUAAACUGAACUUUUUUAGUUUUUCCUGACUUUUAUUAGUCAAAAAUGAUUCUGUGAUUAUUCAAUAUUUAAAAUAAUGAUUAAAGUUGAAACUUCCACAUUAACCAAACGACUAAAACAGACUUUCAGACGCAGAAACAGAGGAGGUCUUUUGGGAGCUCUUCUUGGCUCGUCCCUGCAGUUACAUCUGUUGUCUUUCUGAUGAUAUCCUGUGUGUGUGUGUGUGUGUGUGUGUGUUUGCAUUACAAAUCAUACGUGUCCUCGGGCUGACUUGUAAAUCGUAUUAUAACACCUGUACAGAUAAAACCCCACGUGGACCUUUUGGCUUUGUUCAAAGUUCACGUAGUUAGUCCGGUAAAUCAGCCGUAAAUACUUCCUGUCUAUCCUCGUCUCUUUUUUUCCUCUUUAACACACAAUCUACCAAUGAUAAGCUAAAUCAGCGACAUGCUGCCGUGAUGUAAUGCUCUGUUUCAGUUUUGAUUUCACAGCAUGCCCAUUAACUUCAGGCGUCGUCAUGCUCACUGAAUUCCCCUCUCUCUCUUUCUCUUCCUCUUUUUUUUUUUUUCUCAAAGUCAAAAAAGCGCCUCUCCUCCUCCUCCUCCUCCUCCUCGCUGAUUUUAACUUCUUUAAUCGAGCGCAGCCGGAAUAAAAAUCAGCCUCACAGACAGUUCGCUUUUGUGUCUUUCGGCUGCGGCGAAGUGCCACGCCAUUCUACCCCUCCCUUCUGUAAUCUUAGCUAUACACACACACACACUCCCCACGUGCACACAAACACACACACACACACUCAGGUUUUUCAGGUCAGGUUGGUUUUUUUUUAAAAAGAUCAAAAGGUGAGUACAGGAGCUCGCAGUGGAGGAGAUACAAACCAAACGAUCUCUGCUAGAGUCGGAGUUUGAAUUUUAUACCCAGGGUGCGGCUUUACUGUGUCAUCAAUGCAAAAUACAUGCAAACACUCCUCUGUACAGGCGCAUUGUGCGACGACAGAUCGCAGAUUUCUUAGGAGGGUAAAUCUCUUUCAGUUUUUUGUAGUUUGCUUUUUGGUUUUGUCGAGUAGAGGACACACACACACGCUCACACACACAGAUAAAGGAAUGCUUCUCGGUCCUCGCAGCCUCAUGUCCGGGCUUGCACAUGAAGAGCGACUGAAAGGUGCAAAAAAAAAAAAAAAAAAAACUCCCCUCUACACACAGAGUCAUGCAGCCACACUUCUUCUAUACGCUGUACAUCAAAAGACACUUUCGAGCACGUGUCUCCUGCAGAAACAAACACUUUGCAUCUCGCUCCAGCACACACGCACUUUUCGGAGGAGAAAACAAACAGAUUACGAUUGUUAAGCUAAAGACAGAUUUCGUCCUGUGGCAAACUCCAGGCCUCAGUGACGGAAAACAACAACAGGAGUUUUCCACUGAAGGGGAAAAAGAUGUUGAUGAAUGAAUGAAGAGUGCGUCUAAACUGAUGAAAAGUGAGUGGAUGUGAUGAAUUGUGCAGAAUGAACUGAAAUUCCUCCUCUGUCCUGUCGCAGGGUGAGUCAGUGAAGUAUUUCUUGGAUAAUCUGGAUAAGCUCGGCGAGCCGGUAAGUUGUUUCUGCCCACACCGACUGUUCAAAACAGAUGUGUACAUGUUAUAGUUAAGACCUCAACGUGUUCAGACAAUUUAAGGUUAACUGACGAGAAACUGAAACCAUUGUUCAUCUUUGGUUAGGGAUCUCCUGUUAGCUUUGUACUCAGGACUGGUGUGGCCUCAGUCUGAUUGGUGGAAUAUUUAACCCAUAAUAUUUGACCUAAAAUUGAUUUCAAAUAAAAGUAAUAAGGUCGGACGAUAAGACACACCUCUUUAUUUCCCUAAUUUGUCCUCUAAAAAUUUUUGUGUUGAAUUUAAAGCUAAAUUUUGAACAUUUUCUUCAAUAACGUUCAUAUCAUGUGACUAACUGACCUAAAAUUGAUUUCAAAUAAUAGUACUAACGUUGAACAAUAAGACAAACAUUAUUUGAUCAAUUUUCAUAGUGACCCUAAAGUUCUUUGUGUGCUCCUUACUUUUUUUAACUUAUGAGCACAUGUUCCCCUCGUGAAAAAAGUUAGUUCCAAGCCCUGAGUGAGUUCGAUAGUUCGUUGAAACUUUGUGUUAUUUGCACAUUUUAACGAGUCUCCUUCAGAAUCAAGAUUUCUGAUCUCUGUGGGACUCACCUGGUUAAAUAAAAGUGAAUUAAAAUGAAGCGUCAACUAACGGGAUCAGUAUUAAUCGCUUUGAUUUGAGAAUCAAUCUUUCAGUUUCAUCCCACUUCUUUAUGUUUGUGUCUUCUCUAAAUCACCUGGAUGUAUUGAAAAAUGGUAAUAAACAAAAGUCAGUUAACACAGCAGAGUCAAUAUAAACUUAAUCUCCGCUGAUCUUUUCUAUAACUUUCAUCUUUUGCCUGAAAAAAUGCAUCUUUGGAUGAGCCCAGACCUUAAUUAAUAGACUCUAAGACUUCAGAAUAACCAGAUUUUAGUUAUAAACCACUAACGUUAAACUGUUUUUAAAAUCUUUUUUAGCAGGAUGAAUAAAACUCAGUGUUCACCAAUAUUUAAAAAAGUGUUUGAGUGUUUUGCUAAACUAAACAUGAGCCUUUAUUUCCCUGAACCACAAAAGUCAACAUUAAAUCUCAAGGUAUCCCAUAGAUUUGUACUAAAUGGAGAAGACAUGUUGCUGAUUUUGAUCAUUUCUUAUCCAGUAUCAUAAGAGCUCACUGUGUUUUUAUAUUUCUCUUGAUUACAAACAAAUUCUACUUCUUCAUGUCUUUUUUUUUUCCUCCUGCAGAGUUAUCUCCCCACUCAGCAGGACAUCCUGCUCGCCCGAAAACCCACCAAAGGCAUCCACGAGUAUGACUUUGAGAUCAAGAACGUCCCCUUCAAGAUGGUGGACGUAGGGGGGCAGCGGUCGGAGCGGAGGCGCUGGUUCGAGUGUUUCGAUUCUGUCACCUCCAUCCUCUUCCUCGUCUCCUCCUCUGAAUACGACCAGGUGAAUUUCUAGGACUCAUUAUUCAAAGAUCAUCCACGGAGUAACAGUUUUUUUUUUGUUGUGUUCAGAAAGUCAAUUUCACUUUGAUCUGGCCGAGUGUCGCCCUUAUUAUGUGACUGUCCCUGCUGGAAGAACCAGUUUAUAAAUCAUGUUUGUUUAUGCUGGCCUGACCCAACAUAGAGUAGCUGUUAGACGAGCCUCACUACGCUCAUGGUGGUGGUCUACUAACACAGUUUUGCUGGAUUGGAGGAUUUGCAUUCAGGUUUACAAUAAUAACAGUAGUUCACAGGUUUCUGUUUCAGCUCAUCUCAAAAUUGGAUUCAACUAAUACACGCCCAAAGGAGGCCGCCCCACCUUUGGGUGUGUAUCCUGUAAAAAGGGUCUCCUUGAGGUGUUUUUGUCUGAUUACAUCGACAGUUCUAACAGGACCAGUAUGAGCAGCAGUCAGUGCGUUUACAUGCACAGUUGAAUCGGACUAAGCUCAUAAUUUGUUUUUUUGUUUUUUUUUCCCGCGAUGUCAACAUAAACAAGCAGCUGAGAAAAUUACUAGGGGGCGAUAUGGGUCUUUUCAGCAGUUCUGUUUCUGACCCCAUACAACCGUCAACAACAACAGCAGGUCCGUGACAGACGUCAGAAGUGUCUACAACUGCUGCUGGACAUUUUCAAGUUAAAACAUGGAGCAUCAUACAGCGAUGUUUUUGUCGUACAUGAUUUACGCGCUACUUUUUCUGUAGAUGAGAUGCACGCUACUCAUCUAUUCAGGUGUUUUUGUUACGGGGGCGUGGCGCACACGAGUAGUCCAAUCAUACUCCGACUACGCUGGUCUCAUGGUAGAGAAAAUCGUAUUCCAGUCGCAUUAUCUGGGUGUCUUAACCAGAUUUCUUCGACUAUAAUCAGAGUGUUUGCGUGUUUGCCCAGGAGUCAUAGAAUGAGAUCCGCCGAUCAGUGUAUACAAAUGACGGCGUAAAUUAACACCCACAUCCCACAACCCACAAGGCCUCUCCUAUUAACAAGUUAAGAACAGUUAAACGUAUUGACUUAAUUUUAUUUUGUAAUAAAAUUUUGCCCAGAUAUUUUUGCCCAGAUAUUUUACUCUGUAACCGCAUAAAACUUCCGCUGCUGCUCGUGCUGCGCUGCACUGAAUUGAUGCGCUGUGCAAAAAUAGAAACCUUGCGUAUCUGAUCCGCCCGCCAGAGCCGAUCCGCAGCGGAACCGGGCGGUGGACGGAUUCUGUGGAAUCACAUACAUUGAUUAUGAUACUUGCAUAUUUGAUCCGCCUGCCGUGCUGGAGCAGAGCGGAGCCGUUCUGAAUCCUGUGGGUUUUGCCUGUAAGGUGUUUUCAUGCACUUCAGUUGUCCGGUCUUAAUCUGAUUAAGGCAAUAAUUCAGUUUUCUCGAGUGUGAUGUAAACAUACUGACUGAACAGAUGAUUAAUGCUUCUGCUGUCUUUAUCAGGUGCUGAUGGAGGACAGGCUGACCAACCGUCUGCGCGAGUCCCUCGACAUCUUUGAGACCAUUGUCAACAACCGCGUCUUCGUCAACGUCUCCAUCAUCCUCUUCCUCAACAAGACGGACCUGCUGGAGGAGAAGGUGAAGAGCGUUCCGCUCAAGGACUACUUCCCCGAAUACUCGGGGCCCGAGCACAGCCUGCCCGACAUCCAGGCGUUCAUGGUGGAGUGUUUCCGGACAAAGAGACGCGACGCCACCCAGAAGCCCCUGUACCACCACUUCACCACCGCCAUCAACACGGAGAACAUCCGGCUGGUGUUCCGGGACGUCAAGGACACCAUCCUGCACGACAACCUCAAACAGCUCAUGCUCCAAUGACCCCUGUCCACCUGUGAACGUAGAGGACCUGAACGGGGACAAACCACCCCCUCGCUCCUGACGAGGACUUGGGAGAGACCAGCCUCAGAAGAAUCCGAUCGGCGUCAGCAUUCUUCUCCAGCCGUUUUUAUAUUAGUUUUUACUCUCCUCUUUGAAGAGUUGGCCUUCUUGUUAGUCCAGGGUUUGGUAGGGGGACGAGUCGGUAGGACAGACUGUCCGCGGUUACAAAGAAAGACACGCGGGCCGUUUGGAUGUUGGAAAACAUCUGAUCUCUGCUGCUCCGUCUUGAGACUCUCUCCUCUGGCCUGAGCACCGAGACACACCAGGCAUUUCAACUCACAAGGUGCCGGUGCUGGCAGCAACGCCAGUAUCUGGCUGUGGAAACCAGCAGAACAUUUUACAAAGGGGGCAUACGGUUUCUGAACCAGAUCUACAGCAAAUAAAGGAAAGUACUUUGUUAAUGCGUGUCAGCAAACAACAAAGGUAAAGAGUCCGAGUGACUUAAAGUUGCCAGUCUGUGUCAAAGCACUGAAUUCAUUUAGUCUCAAAUCACUUCAUUCUCUCUGCACCCUUCGUUUUAAAGCCCCUGUACUUUAAGGAAGGGUUCCUCAUUCAUCGAUUAUCCAGAGACUGCACAAGUGUUUGUUGUUUUCCUCUCAUAUUGCACACAGCUUCUGCCUCUUUCAAUCAAAGUCAUCGAUUUUACUGGUUUCAGAUCAGCGGGUUUAAACGUCUGGACAGGUGAAAAAAACGCUGAUCCUCCUCACGACCUUUUAAAGAUUCGGUGCGGAGAACAGCUCCAGCACUGGCACCUUGUUUGCGGAAAAUAAAUAGGGCACAACCACCAGACUGAACCCACAACGCCUUUCCAUACGACGUCUUAAGGAGACCUAAUCACUGUUUCUAUCCUGCGUUUGUGCCUCUGUCGAUCUUAGCUGCCUUUAACAGUAAAUUAAUAUGCAAGUUGUCCUUUAUUUUAUGUUCGGUUGUUUAUAGGAAAUACUUAACCUUUGUUGGCACAUUAGGCAGGUGUGCCCGCACGUGAACAUGCAGUCCACUGUUUUCUCAGGGUUGAAUCCAAACCGGCGUUAACGCUGAUGUCAUUGUUGGUGAAAUAACUGAAUAAUCUGAUCUUUCUCUGGGUGUCAGAGCGGCGAGACGCAGUCAAGGUUCAGUACAGUCAGCUGGGCGGGGUGUGGUACUGUAUCCUCCCGGCUUUGACUCCCAGAAUCCCCUUCUCUCCUCUUAGUUUUCAUCUCUGAUUAGAUAGAUGCCUCGUAAAGGGACACACCUCCCCCCCUGUUUGCCUGAAUGAUGAAUGUCUGUUUAUAGAUGUACAGAGAUUUGCUGUAGAUUGUCUGAAUAUACUGUAACCAACUACGUUAUGGUGACAUGUAACCUGUCCUGUGAGAAUAGCUGUGUCCGCCCUGAGUUAGAACUCCAGGUGCCUCUGAAAAUGCAAACCUGUUCUGUUUAGGAGUUCCCUUUAAAAAGAAAAAUAUAAAACUUUGUCAGAAAAUCUUGACGACAAAAACCACUGGAGUUGAAUACUUGUGUGUUUUCUGUGGGGGGGCCAAUCUUUGUUAGAGGACAACUUCCAGGCACUGUUAAAAUCUGUGUUUCUCUGCCAAAUCGCCCCAUGCUUUCUUGGAACCGUUCACACCGACAGCCUGUAGUUCUCUCCAAAAAUAAAGCUCACGAGAGCUUCAGUUUGCUUCCAUCCCUGGCUUUGUACAUACUGUAAUCUGUUGUCAUGUAAAUAAUAUCCAGGUUUAACUCCAUAUAUGUAAAUGGUUGUAGAAACGGCAUCUUCCCCAUUCUGAAUGUUUCGAAUCAGUGCUUUUUCCAAUGAAGAUGACUUUUUGAUGUAGAUGUAUUUUGUGUAAUUUUUUCCAUCACCUUGUUGAAAAUCAUUCCUGUGCCAAGUCUCAUGCCACUCUAACCCUAUCAAUAAUAAAAUACACUUUUCUAAUGAAA